AUGACUAUUACGGUAGAGAAGACUGAAUCACUUACACUUUCCAAGGAACCCAGGCGAUGCAAGUUAGCAGUAUACAACCAAGUGAUGCAAUUCAAAUAUCGAGGACGAAAAAUCACAAGCAACAGAAACCUAAAAGAGAAGGUAGAAGACCAAACAACUAGAGCUUCCCUUAACUGUAGAUACCUAAAAGAUAUUAUAUGGAGAAAAAAACAUAUGAGCAUCAAAAGCAAGACACGAAUAUACAAAAAUUGUAUCAGACCAAUAAAGACUUGCGCGGCAAAUACAAGUGCAGUGUCCACGAUAAUAGAACGUUUCCUGAGAACUACAGAAGUGAAGACGCUACGAGCUAUAACAGAGAACUCACUAAAAGAUAGAAGAUGA